AUGUCGGAGAGGAAGAACAAAGUGUAUUUCACGGAAGAAGAUGCUGUUGCACUCAUGCAGAGGUACGACCCAACUACUGUGUUCACGUUACUUCAAGAAGUUGCGCAUUACGCGCAGCCAAAGAUUGAUUGGAGCGAAUUGGUGAAGAAAAGCGCCACUGGGAUUUCUAAUGUUAGGGAAUAUCAAAUGCUGUGGCGGCAUUUGGCCUAUCGACAUUCUUUGCCUGAAAAUUUUGAAGUUGGGGCUGAACCUUUGGAUGAUGACAGUGACUUAGAAUGUGAGCUGGAAGCACUACCCCCUGUAAAUGUGGAAUCUGCAUCAGAGGCAGCUGCUUGUGUGAAGGUAAUGAUUGCUUCUCGCACACUAAGUGAAUCUGCACCUAGUAGCUCAACGAUCGAGGCUCCGUUAACAAUAAAUGUUCCAGUUUGCCAUUCAUCUAGAACUCUUGUUCAAAGUCCACAAACCUCUAAUUUGAUGCAAGGUACAAACAUUGUUUUUCCGGUCACUGUUCAGAGACAAACAUUGCCAACACAUCCUGUACCAUCAAUUGAUGGUAUAGAAACUAAGGGAAUAGUUGGUGGUAAUCUAGCCUCCAAAAGAAAGCGAAAAACAUGGUCAGAGGAAGAGGACAUGCAACUACGAGCUGCUGUUCAGAGAUGGGGUGAAGGGAAUUGGGCAACCAUGGCAAAGGGAGACAACUUUCCUAUUAAGAGAAGUCCUACACAAUUAGCACAGUCAGUUAACAUGUCUGGUUAUCACCAGUUUUCCCAGAGGUGGAGCAUUUUACGAAAGAAAGAUGGCAGUGUCAAUUCUGGAACCAUCUCAACCAGCACACAAUAUACUACUGCCGAACAGCUGGCAACCCGACACUCUUUAUCUUUAGCCCUUGAUAUGCCAUUCAAAAAGUUAACUGCUCCUGGCGUGUCCGAUCCUGGCGAUAUUAUUUCUUUGCAGGUCAUGUUCUCAACUGGUGCUAACAUGGAGAUGGCACAAUCUGAGGGCAGCCUGGUGGAAAUUUGUGAAAGUGCUGUUCGAAAGAUUCUAACUGGAAUCAAGGAUCGUGGUGGCAGGGAUGAUGCAGAAGGGUUGUUUGGGGUUGCUAAGAGGAUUGGGGCACGUCCUAUGGUUGAUAUGGAAGUGGAAAGCAAUGAACAUCAUGGGAAAACAUUCCUUAAUGGACCAGAACCGGAAAAAAAUCUAGAGAUCAAGAAUCAGAAUCAGCUAAACUGUGAUGCAUCAACCAAGUUGAGAAAAGAGUACGAAGAGCAAAGACUUAAGACAUCCACGUCAGUUAAAACUCAAGUGCAGAUUAGAAAUACCGCGGAGAAGGUUGCCAGUAGUUUUGUACCACCUCAACAGCCAUCUCAGCAAGCUUCUUUGUUGGGAUCUUCUGAUUCUCAUGUAAAACCCAAAUUUGUAGAUGAAAAGCUAGUUUUGAAGGGAAAUAUAAUUUCAAAUCCUGUGCUAAAAUCUACCUCAGCUGCUUCUGGGACACGAAUUGAUUCUCCUUCAAAUACUAUAUCACAGUUUAAAAUUGCUCCAGUAAAACACACUUUAGACCCUAAGCCUCCAGUGAGCUCUUUGACAAAACCAUCCAUUUCUACCAAUUUGCCUUCUGACCCAAAGAACAAACCGGUUCCUCCUUUGGCUGAUAAAGUUCAAUUGAAGCAGGAUGCUAAUUCGUCAAUAGAGUUUAGAGUUUCUGAUCCCGGCUCCACACUGAAAGAGAAGGCACAAGAAAAUGAACCUCCUAAAGUUACUAUUGGAAGCCAGGUCAAUAGCAACUUAGAGAAGGGAAGAUUAGAUAUAGGUCAAGUGAAGAUCAUGCCUCUUGUUAAAAUUAGUGAUGGGGAGGAUAUUUUGAAAGAUAAACCAAAUCCAGAAGCAGAUGAAAAACAAGCAAGUGCUACUAUAGCAAAUGAAAUGAAGUGUGAAGACCAAAGAAUUGUCAAGAAUGUUACUGAGAAUUGCAACCUGGACAAGGGAAGCCUAAAUUUAGAUCAAGACAAGAAGAUAACUUCAACUAAUGAAAGUUCAAACAAUCAAAACAUGACUGACAAAAAUGUAAAUUUGCCCGUACAGGAUGAACGCAGCCAAAGUACCAAGGUGGAAAAACCUGAUGGAGAAUGUUGA